CUAAAUUAAAGGACAAGGUGAAGACUUGAAAUUUGAAAACACUUCGAAAUUGGAGAGAAAUAAUUUUUUUUGUUCUACCACGUGAAGAACAGUACAAGUACUUGUGUUAUCCUCCAAGAAAGCAAAAGAACCAGAAAAAAAGUCUUCAUCUUUGUUGCAAAACUAGUAAGACCGUUAGGUUAUGGAGCCUGUAAUGAGCUUUCUAUUGUGUGUGAUAAAUUUAUGUUUGAGCUUGAAGAAUCCAAGUAGCUGCUAUGAUCAAUAUUCCAAGCUAGACGCAGAACGUAAGGCCUUGUUUGUUUUUGGAGACUCACUUUUUGACCCAGGAAACAAUCAGUACCUUAAUGGUAGUACUGAUGAAGGCAUGUCAGCAACUUCUUGGCCAUAUGGUCAAACCUUCUUCGACCACCCUACUGGAAGGCUCUCCGAUGGCCGGAUUGUCCCCGACUUUAUCGCCCAAUUCGCCAAGUUGCCCAUACUCUCUCCCUAUUUAGAGUCAGGUGUUUCUCAUCGAUUAACUGAUGGAGCUAACCUAGCUUCAGCAGGUGCAGGUGUUCUUGAUGGAACUCAUCCUGGAACAAUACCUCUAAGAGCUCAGCUAGAGUAUUUUAAGAAUAUAAAGAAGUCAUUAAGGCAGCAGCUAAAUGAUGCAGAAGCUGAAAAGGUCUUGAGGAGGGCUGUUUACUUGUUUAGUAUUGGAGGAAAUGAUUACUUUAGCUUUUAUUCCUCAAACCCUACUGCUACUGAAUCCAGCCAAAGAGCAUACGUCGAAAUGGUCAUCGGGAACUUGACAUCGGUGCUUCAAGAACUGUAUAGCUUAGGAGCAAGAAAAAUUGCAUUCCAGAAUGCAGGGCCUUUAGGUUGCCUACCAGUAAUGAAAACAAUGAAUCCUGAGCUUGGAAGCGACUGUGCCGAAGAACCAUUAGCAUUAGCGAGAUUACACAACGAUUAUCUAUCCACUGCUCUUAAGAACUUAAUGAGCCAACUACCAGGAUUCAAAUAUGCAAUAUUUGAUUACUACAAUUCACUUGGCAACAGAGUGAUGAAUCCUUCAAAAUAUGGCUUCAAGGAGGGGAAAGCUGCCUGUUGCGGGUGUGGGACAUACAGGGGAAGUGGAUGUGGAGAUAGGAAUGAAUCAUAUGAAUUAUGCAGUAAACCAAGUGAGUAUAUUUGGUUUGAUGGUGCACAUACUACUGAAAUGGCCAACAGCCAAUUAGCCAAGCUACUUUGGAGUGGAAAACCCACUGUCACUGCACCUUAUAAUAUGAAGCAGCUUUUUGGACAGUAAUCUUGGACACCUAUGGUGGUGUUCUCUUUGUUGUAGUAGAAAUAAUCGCGUUUUCUCUAAACCAAAAGGAACUAUAUUUUGCUUCUUCGAAGGGUGGGUAGUUGCAAGAGUCAAUUCUGCAACAAAAGUAGUGAUUAUUAACUAAUUAUGAAGAUAACGUUUGGUUCACCUGAUUCAUGCAGCUGAUAUCUGGUAUGAACAGCUAAACCAAUUGACCCUAAGUAGUGAUUAAUAACUAGAUUUACAUAUUCUUCUUUGAUUA